AUGUUGCGGACAUCGCUGCAAUCCGUGAGGGCGCUGGGCAGCAGGCCCGUCGCCGCUGCUGCAGGUCGUCAAUGGCAAGUUUCUGCGGCCCGGCGUGCUGUCGUGUCGGGGCAGAGAUUCUAUGCCUCCAACAAGACGCGCCCCGAUGAGGCCAAGAUCCCCGCAUCCGAGACCCUGACGGCCCCGUCGACGCCGCCUCCUCCUCCGCCUUCUCUCGAGACUGCGGCUUCGACGACCAUCCCCGCCGAUAACGUCCCCCUCACACCUCCCGCCCCGGACUCCGUGGCUGCCGAGCCCGCUAAUAGCGCCCCGCCGCCGCCUCUCCCGACGCCGCGGAAGAAGAAGGGCUUCUUCCGGAGACUGCGCAACUUCUUCCUGACGCUGACCCUGCUGAGCGCCCUCGGAUUUGGCGGCGGCGUCUGGUAUUCGCGCAUCAACGACAACUUCCACGACUUCUUCACCGAGUACAUCCCCUAUGGCGAGCAGGCUGUACUCUACCUGGAGGAGAUGGACUUCAAGAAGCGGUCCCUAACGUGGCUAGCCGGGUGGGAGACUGCUGGCCGGCAAUCGAGCGCUGUGCAGAAGGUGGCUGCGGCGAAGGAACCUAGCAAGAAGGCCGAGCCGGUUGUGGUUGCCCCGCCCAAGGAGGAGGCUCCCAAGGUGCCCGCGCCUGAGGUCAAGGCCGAGGAACCUAAGAAGCCCGCGCCCGCGCCUGCGGCGGAGAAGAAGCGCCCAAGCAAGAAGGUGACGGAGAAGAAGGCUGUCGAGAAUAAGCCCGUGGAGAAGCAGCCCGAGCCCGAGACGUCGCUCGUGCCCGCUACCACGGCACUCACCCCCGCGCAGAAGGCGUUCAAGGCUCCGGAGGUGGACGAGCCUUCACGAUGGCCUCCAGCGUCGCCCAUCGACCCGCUGGCGGUCCCUAACGCGGCCGACCCCGUUGUGCAGGACCUGGUGCGCAUGCUGAACGACAUUAUCACCGUGAUCAACCACGACGGCGCCAACGACAGGUACGGUGCGACGAUUGGCAAGGCCAAGAACGAGAUCAGCAAGGUCGGCCAAAAGAUCCUCGAUAUCAAGACGGCGGUCGAGAAAGAUGCUGCCCAACAGGUCCGCCAACGCGUCGACGGUUUCGACCAGGCAGCCAACGACUUGGUUGCCCGGCUGGAGGCUGCCAUGACGGUGCAGGAGCAGCAGUUCCGACGCGAGUUCGAGGCCGAGAUGGAGCGUCUCAGGAAGAGCUACGACAACAAGGUGCACUUGAUCCAGGAGCGCGAGCGGCAACUCGCCGAGGAGAAGCUCAACAACCAGCUCCUGGAGCAGGCCGUGCAGCUGCAACGCGCUUUCACCCAGGAUAUCAAGAAGCACGUCGAGCAGGAGCGCGACGGCCGCCUCGGCAAGCUUAACGAGCUGAAGGCUGCGGUGGAAGGCCUCGAGAAGCUCACCGCCGGCUGGAACGAGGUCAUCGACGCCAACCUGCGCACGCAGCAGCUGCACGUCGCCGUCGAGGCGGUGCGCGCCAGCCUCGAGGACGCCCACCACCCGCGGCCGUUCAUCAAGGAGCUGGUCGCCCUCAAGGAGAUCGCUGCCCAGGACCCCGUCGUCGACGCCGCCAUCGCGUCCGUCCACCCGUCCGCCUACCAGCGCGGCAUCUCGACCCCCGCCGAGCUGAUUGACCGCUUCCGCCGCGUCGCCGCCGAGGUGCGCAAGGCGUCGCUGCUGCCCGACGACGCGGGCGUCGCCAGCCACGCCUCGAGCUACGUCCUGAGCAAGGUCAUGUUCAAGAAGCAAGGGCUGGCCGCCGGCGACGACGUCGAGAGCAUCCUCACCCGCACACAGACCUUCCUCGAGGAGGGCGACCUCGACAACGCGGCCCGUGAGAUGAACGGCUUGACUGGGUGGUCCAAGACGCUCAGCCGCGACUGGCUGGGCGAGGUGCGGAAGGUGUUGGAGGUGCGGCAGGCUUUGGAGGUCAUCCAGACGGAGGCGAGACUACAAAGCUUGAAGGUGGAGUGA